CCGCUUGUCACACAGCCCUUGAACGCGGCCCGGCGCGGGUGCUCGAGGUCGGCGGCCGCCGGCCUCGCAAGCGUGUCGUGCGGCCGCGAACUGUUUGACGUCGGCGCUCGCAAAAGUUGUCCGGCACGGCCUGACGUCACAGGGACACUUUUGGGAAAAGCGCGAGGAUGGUGGUGGCUUACGAGGGCCAGUCGUUCGCCGCCCUGCGGAAGCAGUGUCGGAAGAACGGCCUCCUGUUCGAGGACCCGCUGUUCCCCGCCACGGACCAGUCGCUCUUCUACCAGCGCAACCGCAUCGGCAACGUCAUCUGGAAGCGACCGCAGGAGCUGUGCCAGGACCCGCACCUGUUCGUGGACGGCCUGAGCGCCCACGACCUGCACCAGGGCCAGCUGGGAAACUGUUGGUUCGUGGCGGCCUGCUCCAGCCUGGCGUCGCGGGACGGACUGUGGCAGAAGGUGAUUCCCGACUGGCAAGACCAGGAGUGGAACAAGGACCGGCCCGCGUCGUACGCCGGCAUCUUCCACUUCCGCUUCUGGAGGUUCGGCGAGUGGUCGGACGUUGUGAUCGACGACCGGCUGCCCACCCUCAACGGCAAGCUGGUCUACUGCCACUCCAACAACACCAGCGAGUUCUGGAGCGCCCUGGUGGAGAAGGCCUACGCCAAGACGUGCGGCUGCUACGAGGCGCUGAACGGCGGCAACACGGCCGACGCGCUGGUGGACUUCACGGGCGGCGUGUCGCAGACCAUAUGCCUGAGCGAGAGCGGCGCCAAGACCAGCAUGGAGAAGCAGGCCGAGCUGUUCAGGAGAGUCCUCAAGGUGCACGAGAGAGGAGGACUCAUCAGCUCCUCCAUGGAGGCGAGCGGCGCGGCGGAGAUGGAGGCCCGCCUGCCCAACGGCCUGGUCAAAGGUCACGCCUACGCCGUCACGGACGUGCGCCGCAUACGCCUGGGUCACGGCCUGCUGGCCUUCUUCCGAUCCCACAAACUGGAAAUGAUCCGGCUGAGGAACCCGUGGGGCCGCAGCGAGUGGUCCGGACCCUGGAGCGACAGUUCCGAAGAAUGGAAAAAGGUCAGCAGCAGCGAGCGCGAGAAGAUCGGCGUCAUCGUGCAGAACGACGGCGAGUUCUGGAUGACGUUCAGCGACUUCGUGUCCAACUUCACGCACAUCAUCCUGCUGCGCUUGAUCAACACGUCUUACCUGAGCGUGCACAAGACCUGGGAGGAGGUGGUGCUGCGCGGGUCCUGGAGUCGCCAUGACAACGUGCUGAAGAACCGGGCCGGCGGCUGCGUCAACCACAAGCAGACCUUCCUCCAGAACCCUCAGUACAUCUUCGACGUGACGAAGAGCGAGGACGAGGCGCUGGUGUGCUUGCAGCAGAAGGACCGGCGAGCCUGCCUGAGGCAGGGACGCGGCGAGAACCUGGCCAUCGGCUUCGAGAUCCACAGGGUGGAGGUGAACCGCAAGUACCGGAUGCACGCCCCCCAGCAGAAGGUGGCCGCCAGCCCCUACAGCAACGCCAGAUCGGCGUUCCUGCGCGUGGACCUGAAAGAGGGCCGCUACAUCGUCCUGCCGACGACCUACGACCCCAACCUGGAGGGAGAAUUCCUGCUGCGCGUUUUCACCGACGUGCCGUCGCACUGCAGGGAGCUGCACCUGGAUCUGCCCCCCCGGACCUGCUGGACCACCUUGUUCGGCUUCCCGUCGCUGAUCACUCAAGUGCACGUCAUCCAGGCCCAGGCGCUCGGGGGCUACAACGCGUACGUGAUCAUCCGCUGCGAAGGGCGCACGGUUCGCUCGCCGGUCCACAGCGGCACCCGCAGUCCCGCCUUCGACAUCAAGGGGGUGUUCUACAGGAAGGAGGGCAGCGAGCCCAUCAACAUCAAGGUGUUCAACUGCAACCGGCUGUCGGACUCCUUCCUGGGCGAGAUGAUGCUGUCCACCGAGUCGGGCGACAUCAACCAGACGCUGCACCUGCGCGCCCAAAGCGGGCGCCGAGACGAGCUCGCCGGCACCCUGGCCGUCUCCGUGGUGACGAGCGCCGUCCUCACCAGCAUCUGAGACGGCAAAAACUUUUCUUUUAUUUCUUUUUUUAAUUAUUAUUUGCUUCCACUUUUUUUCAAUUUCGGGCGUUUAUUUCACUCUUCAAAGUUAAUUUAGUACAUUUUUAUGCCACUCAUUUUUAUCUUUUGUUUGUUUGUUUUUUGUAUUGACAUUUUUUCUUUUAUUAUUUCACAUUUUGUUCAUAUCAAUUUUUUUGUAUCACUUUUUAUUCCUUUCAUUUUUACAUCCUUUUUAUGGUUAUUAAAUAUAUUUUUAAAAUUUUCAUCUCACCUGUUUUCAUUCUAUUUCUUCUGCUUUACACAUUUUUAAUUUUGUUUUUUUCAAUUUAUUUUUCUUUUUUAAAUUCAUUUCAGCUUUAAAUUGUAUUUCAAUUUUUGUUUUGUACUGUCGGUUUAAACUCAUUUCAUUUCAUCAAAUUUUUUUGUAAUAUUGAAUUUUGUUUUGUGUGAUGACAUUUAUUCUUUUUAUCUUUGUCCAUUUAUUGUAUUUCAUUACAUGUUAGUGUUAAUUCUGAUUUAGUUCCAAUUUACUUAUUAUUUCAACUUGCAUAUUUUAUUUCAUCCCAUUUUGUUUUUGAAAACAAUUUCAAAAAAAUAUUUUUCUGUUCUAGUUUUGUUUUACUUUUUACUUUAUCAAUAAACUUGCCUUCAUUAA